UGUACUAGUUAACGCAUCCGGCAACUCGCAAAUGAUUUUGACAGCUGUCAAAAAGCAAUGCUGACAACUGAAGCAAUAUGGACUUCCUCUUUUUCGAUACGUUCGCGUUCGGGUGAAUUUGUCAAAAAAUUCAACAAAAUAAAUCUUAGCCAUGGUGCGAAUGAACGUAUUGGCUGAUGCCUUGAAAUGCAUUAACAACGCUGAGAAGCGUGGCAAGCGUCAGGUUCUCCUGCGUCCCUGCUCGAAAGUUAUUGUCAAAUUCCUCACUGUCAUGAUGAAACAUGGCUACAUUGGUGAAUUCGAAAUUGUCGAUGAUCAUCGUUCCGGCAAAAUUGUAGUUAAUCUGACUGGUCGCUUGAACAAAUGCGGCGUCAUCUCGCCCCGCUUCGAUGUCCCCAUCAAUGAUAUUGAAAAGUGGACCAACAACUUGUUGCCCUCACGUCAGUUCGGUUAUGUUGUGUUGACCACAUCCGGCGGUAUCAUGGAUCAUGAGGAGGCCAGACGAAAACAUUUGGGAGGCAAAAUUCUUGGUUUCUUCUUCUAAGCGGGACACAGUAGGAUAGUUACACUUUAAACAGUGUAUUUAAGCUAUUGCAGCUGGCAAAAGCAAAGUGUUUAUAUUAUUUUUUACAAAAAUAGAAUGAUAAUAGCCACUGAAAUACUGCAGUAAUUGUGUGUGGAGGAGAAUAAAGAAUAGAAAAAAAGUUUUAAA